GGGACAGACAGCUUCAGAUCAAGCGCUACUGCUACAUCUUUAAUUUAGGGCACAAAAAAACACCCCCAACAGCCGUUUUUCAUCCCUUGUGGAGCAUUGUUUAACUUCUGUCUUGACACAGCUGCUGGACGUUUCUUGGUCUUUGAUGGAAGCUAAACCCAGCGGACGCCUGCUGUGUGCUAAACUAGAUGAUGUAGUUUAGCCUUUUCCUAGUUGUGUGUUUAUCAGGUGUGACAGACGAAGCCGAGUCUCUGGGAAGACCAUUAUCUACUUUCAUUUGUUCCUGAGAUCAAGAACUUCAAACUGGCUGAAAUGGAUGAACAAAGUGUUGAGAGCAUCGCAGAGGUGUUUCGCUGCUUCAUAUGCAUGGAGAAACUGAGGGACGCUCGUCUCUGCCCGCACUGCUCCAAACUCUGCUGCUUCAGCUGCAUACGACGAUGGUUGACGGAGCAGAGAGCCCAGUGUCCACACUGUCGGGCUCCGCUUCAGCUGAGGGAGCUAGUCAACUGUCGCUGGGCAGAGGAGGUCACCCAGCAGCUGGACACUCUGCAGCUCUGCAGCCUCACUAAGCAUGAGGACAACGAUAAGGACAAAUGUGAGAACCACCAUGAGAAGCUGAGCGUUUUCUGUUGGACCUGUAAGAAAUGCAUCUGUCACCAGUGUGCUCUGUGGGGAGGCAUGCACGGUGGCCACACCUUCAAGCCUCUGGUGGAGAUAUACGAGCAGCAUGUAACCAAAGUAAAGGAGGAGGUCGCCAAGCUCCGCCGCCGCCUCAUGGAGCUUAUCAGUCUGGUGCAGGAAGUGCUUGUGUGUGCGUGUGUGUGUGUGUCUGUGGGUCAGGAGAGGAACGUAGAGGCUGUGAGGGGAGCGAAGGACGAGAGGGUCAGAGAGAUCCGAAACGCUGUGGAAAUGAUGAUUGCUCGUCUGGACAACCAACUCAAGAACAAACUCAUCACCCUCAUGGGCCAGAAGACGUCCUUGACCCAGGAGACGGAGCUGCUGGAGUCUCUCCUGCAGGAGGUGGAGCAUCAGCUUCACUCAUGCAGUAAGAGUGAACUGAUCUCCAAGAGCCCAGAGAUCCUGCUCAUGUUCCAGCAGGUCCAUCGGAAACCCAUGCAGUCCUUCGUCACCACGCCAGUCCCUCCUGACUUCACCAGUGAGCUGGUUCCUGCUUAUGACUCCAGCAAUUUUGUUCUGGUCAACUUCAGCACCCUAAGGCAGCGGGCUGACCCGGUCUACAGCCCUCCUCUACAGAUAUCCGGGCUCUGCUGGAGACUCAAAGUCUAUCCAGAUGGUAAUGGUGUGGUCCGUGGAAACUACCUGUCUGUGUUCUUGGAGCUGUCUGCUGGACUCCCUGAAACAUCAAAGUAUGAGUACCGUGUGGAGAUGGUCCACCAGGCCUCCAGUGACCCAACCAAAAACAUAAUUCGGGAGUUUGCCUCCGACUUUGAGGUUGGUGAAUGCUGGGGCUACAACCGCUUCUUCAGACUGGACCUUCUGGCCAGCGAGGGCUACCUGAACAUGCAGACCGACACACUGGUCCUCCGCUACCAGGUUCGCUCACCCACCUUCUUCCAGAAGUGCAGAGAUCAGUACUGGUACAUCAGCCAGUUGGAAUCGGCCCAGAGCGGCUACAUCCAGCAGAUAAACAACCUCAAAGAGAGAUUGGCCAUCGAGCUGUUUCGCCACCAGACGUCGCGCAGCUCCUCACCCCCUGACCUAAGGCUCGCUGCAGGCACCACAGCCUCUGAAAGAGACCCUCGCUCAGUCAAGAGUGACGAUGAUAUCCAGACUACUUUAAUCAAGACAAAAAAAGCAGAAGAAGACGAGAGGACCCAGCACGAUGACUCUAAUGAGCUUUCGGACGGUGACUUGGAGGUGGACUGUCUGACAGAGGAGGAGGUGAACCCGCUGGACGGCAGCAGCACCUCGGGGAGCUCCACAGCCACCAGCAACACAGAGGAGAACGACAUAGAUGAGGAGACCAUGUCAGGAGAGAACGAUGUAGACUUCAUUGGGAAUCUGGAGACAGAAGAAGGAGAGCUCCCUGAUGACUCGGCUGGAGCCACAGGUGGAUCCAGCUCCAGUGUGCGCUCCUUACAUCGCAGUGGUUCUGCUGGUCGCAGUGCCAGUAGUAGCGGAGCUGCUGCCGGUGCAGUUGGACCAGGCGGCGGCAGCGGCAGCAGCAGCCUCCUGGAGAUUGACCCGGUCAUCUUGAUCCAGCUGCUGGAUCUAAAGGAGCGCAGCAGCGUGGAGUCUCUGUGGGGCCUUCAGCCUCGGCCUCCUGUAUCUCUACUGCACAGCCAAGCUCAUCCACACUCCAGGAAAGAACGAGAGCGGCGGCCUCAGGUGGUGCGACGAUCAGCUCCAGACUCAGGGGUCCUGAUCCGCCUCAAGGCUCAGAUGGCUGAAGUCCGUAGCAAGAUGUCUGAUGUCAAGAGUCAAGUGCUGGAGGCUCGGGGGUCUGGAGAGCCCAGGCCUGGCCCAUCAGGGGGAUUUAGUGUGGAGGAGGCACCCUCUCACCAUGCUGAUUCAGAGUUGUCAGCUUGUCGUAAACCUGGUGAGCUGGACCUGCUGGGGAGAGCAGCUGCAGCUCGGUCCAGGCCCUCCCGCCCUGGUGAGGACUGCUACACUGCUAAUGCUAAAAAGCUGCUACACAGCUGCAGUGCUCCAGAGUGUUCCAGUUACUUCAUGAAAUCCAGGAAAUCUCUGUCCCCUGUCCUAGACAGCAGUGGAUCUAUGGUUGUGAAGAGGAGGAGUCCAGAGGAGCUGGAGAAGGACCUGAGAGGAGCAGACUUAGCCAUAGAGCUCAGCCUGCAUCUUAAAGAGGGGCUUGGAGGUGCUGAGGGAAUGCUGAAGGGCGACAGCACCCAGAGCCCCCUUGUUUCUCUCGGCAGCUCAUCAUCAGAGCAGGCCUCCACUUCCAAGCCGCAGUACUCAGUGGAGCAGCAGCUGUACGGUGCCUCGGGGUCCAGGGAUGACAUUUACUCUUUGGGAGGACCAAGCUACUUGACUGGCAGCAAGAACUGUGGUAGUAGGACCCUAGGGGCGGCCAUGUUGGAUUGUGAAUCUGAAAGCUCAGGAAACUCCCAUCAGUCCAUAACACCCUCAGUGUCAGUGGAGAUAGAUCAGUCUCCUUCUAUCCUGGUGGCAGCAACAAGCAGUGACAGUGACACUGAGGACGAGGCUCUGCAGAGCAACAACUCUCGCUAUGACAACCAGACUCCUCCCUGCACAGGAGAGCAGCUUCUGUCCGAUGACAUGAGUCUGCCUGCUGACAGGUGAUUCCCUCGGAGCCUGUCAGACCUGGAGCCCCGCUGCUUUAUCCUCAGUGGCCACACAGCGAUGCGAUAACGGCCGGAGACAACACACACAUGCUAGUUACACAGAUCUGUAGAGUAGAAAACUGCUUGUUAACGCAUGAAGUUAAAAUGAAGAGAGUGCAACAGCUCAUAUUACUCUUGGUGUCCUGAAUAUUUACAAAACUGGACCAUGACAGAAAUCAUGGUGAUGUCGGCCAGUUAUUCAGAUGGUUGUGAUGGUGUUAAGGAAAAUGUUAACUGUUCACAUGACUGCAUGAUAUCCAAGUCAUUGAUAUUGUGUGAAUACAAUCAAACUGCCCUCUUUUUUUAAAAAGAGAAUCAACAUUUGAAUCUUAUCCAAUUUUUUAAAAGCAGUUUUAUGUUUUCACCCUCUUCUUGGUCAUUAUUAUGUAGGGUUGCACAUACUUUUUCUAGGUCAGUUCGGUAAAUACGUCAGAGGAAAACAUGACCACCACAGCCAAGUGUCUGAAUCUCUGUCUGGGGCAUAAAAAACGUUGCUUUAGCUUCUUAAAUUUAUUUUGCAAAUAUGAACUAUUACAUUUUUUCUGAAUUGCAGGGCAUUAAGCCACUUCACACAAAUAUAAGUGUAGAAAUGUUUUUGUAAAUCUGACAAGUUUACAAACAUAUUUGCAAGAGUCUGAGGAUAAACCGUACAUAAUCGGUAGCCUGUCAAUAAGAGCUUUGUUGUUGAUGUUAAAUUCAGUUGGUAUGGCCUUUAGUCUCCACAUCUACGUGACUUCCUUCACCCAUGUCUCUGCAUUAACCAGCUUUAGUCCUAAAAAGACUUUAUUCACUCCUAAAACAUUCAGUCUUAGUGAUGCCGCAGCUUGUCGACUGCAUAAAUUCAUUGUUUUUUUUUUUCCUGCCUUGAACGUGUAGUGCUUAAAUCGGUUUUCUGGUCAUUUGUGUAAAUGUCUUCUCUCUUAGUAAGAACGGCAGCAGCAACCACAGUGUCUGUCUUUAUGUGACAUUUGAAAAGGCUAAAUGAUCACUGAAUCACACGGAUUAUAAAACUGUCGCUGCAGUGAUGAAGCAUACUCCAGAUCUGACUACAUAACAAUGUACAAGCAGGUGCUUCGACAUCUGCUCGGACAUCACUGACCAGAGCUUUAAGUGCACCGUACCUGAUGGCUUCCACCCACAGAGAGCUACCUUACUACAGUUUAUGCACUACACGGCAGAAAAAGUCAGAUAUUAUUAUUCAUUUGAAAGAGUUUCUGGCAGAGAGCUGAGUGAGAAGAUCGAUACCAAUCUCACAUCUGUACGGUAAAUAUAAAACUUCAGCCUGCAGCUGGUUAGCAAAGCUUAGAAAGCCUGAGACUGGGAAACAGCUAGCCUUGCUAUGUCUAAAUAUAAUAAGAUCUGCCUCUCCCCUCAGAUCCCACUGUGCUGACACUGUGGAGGUAGGAGUCUCUCUCUCUAAAUCAACUCUGAAUCAGACAGUACUGCUCUCCAAGGGUGGAAACUUUGAGAUAAGUUGUACCUCUGGCUACAGUCAAGUGACGUCACCGCAGCUGCUUUCCAUCAGUUAUCAAACACAAAAUACGAAAAUAGUAUAUAUAUAAUAUAAAUAGGAAAUAGAAAGGCUGUGAUAACGCUGUGAAAAGAGUCUAUACCCGGUUUGUAUUUAGUGCAGAAAAAGCACAGCAAUUUUGUUUUUUAAAGGGUUGGUUCACUCAAAUUACAAAUGAACAUGUUCUCACUUCCCUGUAGUUGUAUCUCUCAUGCAGGUUUUUGUUUUAUUUGUCUAAGUUUGGAGCACUCUGCCAGUACAAGAGGGCUGCAACCAGUGGUUGUUUGAAUUAUUAUUUAAUUUACCCAUUAUUUUCUCAAUUGUCCAGCAAAGAGCUUUAAAAAAGCACUAUAUCCCAGUACCCUGGUUGAUACUUUUAGAUAUCCAAUGCCAAUAAUCUUCCUAGAUUAUUGGCAUUUAGUUUGCGGAGCUCUGAAAAAUGACAGCAACACAUCUUUCCAGAAACACAAUGUCCCUGUUACUCUUGAUAAUACAAAGAACAUACUGUCACUAAACAGUUUUCAAAGGAAUACUUUUUACUUACUUUUUUCUUCAGUAGAAAGUAUUUCAGUUGAAAAAGCUGACAUCGUGUUCUAUGGAGUAACAGCGACAUUGACUCUGGGGGGGUAAAAGUCUGGUUAAUUUUUCCCAUGCCUUGAGCUUUAUUUAUUGGGCAAGAGGCAGAAAUGUUUCCAGACCUGGACGAAUAAAACAAAAAUCUGCAGGUAUUUACCAGUAGAGGUGAGAUAAAUAAUGUUUUUUUGUAAUUUGGGUGAAUGAACGCCUAACAGCAAAGGUUUAAACAUAUGUGUAAUUAUAUAACAUGCGCUUGGAGCUGCACUGAUGGCCCACUGUUUCACUGGCUUUCAUCAAAAAGUUCUUGAUAUAGUGUUUUUCACCUUUAAUACACCCAACAAACAGCAAAAACGUGUCAAAGGCUGCUGCAAAAUGGUACACUUUAUUGGGAGAAAGCACACGUGUUCCAGCUGAUGAGGCAGAGAACAGAAGUACUUGGAAGUUUAGCAGUUUAAGAGACAUUUCUGCACUUAGUAAGAGCCAUAUCUUAUUUUGAAGGCCACUUAAUCUUUGGAUCAAAGAAACAACAUUAUUGUACACGUCUACAGUCAUUAGUUUACUGUGUAAAUAUCUUGAUACAGUUGUGGAGCUUGCUGUACAUGUGCCUGAAAGUGCAUGGCUUUAUUGGCAAGACUGUAGGAGGAAGAACGUUUUUGUUUACACCAAGACAUGUCAAGUCACACAGAAAUCAUCCAGUAGGGUGACCUCUGCAAACCCAGCCCACUUAAUCAUGUGAUUUAUGACUUUUGUUACUUGACUUUUCCUUUGUUACUGUUUCUUUACAUGUUCACUUACGUGAUCAAUGCCUGGGAAAUGGCUGCCAAGCUCUCUCCGUUUAUUAACCCUGUCUCUUAUUUGUGCUUGUUGUGUCAAAAGCUGCUUUUAUUUUGAAUGUUCUCAGAAUGCACUGUGCAUUAUUUAAUGUGUACAUUUCAUUAUUGUGUAAUAAAUAAAAUGUUUUAUGAUCCUGGAAA